UCGAAAUCCAAAACAAUCUACCAUCGAUUUCGGUCUUAGGUAGGUGCUGAAGCUAACUAUUCCCUUCUGUUCUUAUACUUCUUUGAACGUAUCUUAGAUCAUUUUGCUUUUGGUUGCGUUGUUAAAUUUCGAUCAAUCGCUUCUCUGUUUAUGUAUGGUUAGAUGUUCCAAUAGCUUUGUGUAGUUCAGAGGAUGGAUCUAUUCAGCAGUCUACCAAAUGAACUCCUUUAUCAUAUAUUGUCCUUCCUAUCCACAAAGGAGGCUGCUUUGACAUCGGUUCUCUCCAAGAGGUGGCGCAAUCUGUUUGCUUUUGUCCCUUACCUCGAGUUUGAUGACUCUGUCUUUCUUCAUCCAGAAGAGCGUAAGCGGGAAAAAGAAGGAAUUUUGCAGAGCUUCAUGGAUUUUGUGGAUAGAGUUUUGGAUUUGCAUGGUGAUUCUCUCAUAAAGACGUUCUCCCUCAAGUGUAAAACUGGUGUUGACUCAGAUCAUGUGGAUCGUUGGAUAUGUAAUGUGUUGGCUCGUGGUGUUUCAGACCUUGAUCUUUUCAUUGAUUUCAGAGAUUUAUAUUCUCUGCCUCACGAGGUUGGUGUGAGUAGGACACUUGUUGUGCUGAGAGUAGGAAGUGAAUCUGAUCUUUAUUGGUGGCAGAAGUUUUUAUGCUUACCGAUGCUUAAAACUCUCGUUCUUGACUCCUGCUGGUUAUGUAUUGGUCAGUUUCAAAUUCUUCUUCUUGCUUGCCCUGCGCUUGAGGAGUUAGACAUGACUAAUACGCGGUGGAAGGAUUCCAAUGUGACUGUGUCUAGCUCGAUCCUCAAGGAGCUGACUAUUGAUCUCCAUGGUUGUUGUAGCGUAGUUAAUCUGAAGAGUCUUUCAUUUGAUGCUCCAAGUCUUGUUUACUUUUAUUACUGUGAUUCUCUUGCGGAGGACUAUCCACAAGUGAACUUGAAAAACUUGGUCGAGGCUCAAAUCAACCUUUUACUAACUCAAGCUCAAAUCGAGCAAGUAAGAGCACUAAAUAAUGAAAUGUUGGUGGCUGAUGAUGUUUUUCCUGGUCUUGGCAAUGCUUGGAAGCUCAUUACUGGCCUAAGAAAUGUUCAACAACUUUACUUGUCUCCUGAUACCCUUGAGGUCAGUUUUCUCUCUUUAGUGUAUUUCUGGCUGGUUGGGAGGAUAUAAAGAACGCAAAUAUUCCAAUCGCGUGAUUGCUAGCGUUGUAGGUGCUUUCUAGGUGCUGUGAAGGGAUGCCGGUGUUCAACAACCUCAAAGUGUUAAGUAUUUGGAGUGACAUGAAUAGGGGAUGGCAAGCUAUGCCAGUUCUUCUAAGGAACUGUCCACAUUUAGAAACUCUCAUCAUUGAGGGACUCUUACACUAUGCGACGGAUAAAUGCGGGGAUGUUUGUGACUGCAUUUCUCGGGAUUACAAAGACCAUUCGCUCACAUCUUGUCCAGUGAAGAAGUUACAGAUAUAUGAGUUUCGAGGAACAAUUAGAGAGUUAGAGAUGAUCAAGCAUUUCUUGAAGAUUUUUCCAUGUUUGAAGGAGAUGGAUAUAUAUGCUCAUGAGAAUAGUCAUACACUAUUUAAAGACCCUACAAUUUUUGAACGUGUUGGGAAGGUGAUGAAUUUCUACAAUAUGUUAUCGAGUUGCAGUGUUCAAUUACUAGUGCGCGGUCCAUUGUAAGGGAAGUGACUGCACUGUGAAGUAUUUGUGGGAGUAAACACAGCUCAUAGUUUUGGUCAAAGUCUACUUAGUUUUCUGUUGCCUUUUCUCAUUGACAUUCUGUUACGUUUUUUGCUAUUUUUCAAAAUGUUACAUUGUCACGAGGCUUAACUUCCUUGGGCAAACUUUUGCAUUGUCAUAAUGAUGAGGGAUGACUGAAACCAUUCAAAUUAGAAACAAUCAUAAGGCAAAAGAAGAAGAAGAAGAAGAAGAA